AUGGAGGAGACGGAUGUGGAGGGAGUCAAGGGUAAUACCAAUGCAGCAUCCGACUCGCUUUUUCAGGGCAAGCAGUUCUGGCUGUCACAGAAUAUUCCACAGAGAAGUCGAUUCAAGGAAACCAUCGAGCAAAAUGGCGGUAUCAUACGACUCUUUGAGAAGGAUGCCGAGAUCAAAUUGGUGGAUCAUAUGAAAAGAAAUCGGAAUCUCUCGGCAGACACGUUUUCCUAUCGCUUAGUCGAGGACUCCGUUCGCAAAGGGCGUCUACAAAACCUGGAAGACUACAGGUGUGGACCUUCGGCCUCUCGUCCGGUUGGGGCGACCAAUAUACCCAGCAGGGGACAUAAGAUCCUGUACACUUUGCAAGACGACCAAGCACUCUGGGAUUGGAUGCAGUCAUACGAAGAUGAGCCCAAUGCUCCCAUCCGUGGUAACAGAAUCUAUCAGGAAUUAGCCGUAGUGAAUCCGAGGCACACUUAUCAGUCUUAUCGCGAUAGAUACUUAAAAAGGCUCCGUGGAAAACCACGCCCGGGGGGUCCGCCGCAAUCUACUGUCCCUUCUGCCACACAAGAAAGCAACCAAAGAGCGCAGACUCCGACUCAAACCACAAAUGCAGCUGCGUCUGCAGCUGCAACUGCAGCUGUUGCAUCAUCAUCCAAGCAACUUUCUCAAGGCCCUGGAACAGUUACUCAGGUGGCUGAAUCUAGAAAAAGGAAACGCACCCCGUCCCUCGACGCCUCGGAUGACACUGAUUCUAAUGGAGGGGAUAUCCCUGCUCGGAAGCGAAGGGCAACUGGGAGCCCUGGAAGCGAGGUGAAAACCCCAACCCCGGAGGUUCCUCCGCAAAGUCGGCAAGAACCUCCGCCUCCACCAAAGUUCAUACUCCCAACACCUGACAAGAAUAUAACCAACAAGCACAACAAUGUGAAGGGAAAAGGUUCUAAGAAGCCUCGAGAGCGAGAACGAGAGCCAGAGCCAGAACGAGAACCUGAGCCAGAAUCUAAGCAAGAACCCGAAAACGCACCAGAGCAACCCCCUCAACACACUCCAGAGCAAAAGCGAAAAUCUCCAAUCCCAGUCAAUGAAAUCUAUGAACCGGAACCAAUUGACGAAACCUUCCUGGAGCUUCCUUUCCUACCAUCUAGCCCAGGGAGCUCAGAACGCGAAGAACAACCGGAACAAGACAUUGACGCCUGGAUUGACAACCGUCUCCGUACUGGGAUAGCAAAGACCGAGGAUCAAAUCAUCGAGGCUCUGCGCUGUACCAGCAUGGACCCCCAACUCGCCGACCAAGUCCUAGAACACCUAGUUGCAGGAAAGGGCAUCCCAAAAGAUAUGCCAGGAGUAUGGACAGCUGAGGAUGACAAAUGCAUCGAAGGGAGAGACACCAGAGACAUCGAAAAGGUUUUAGAAAAGCACGGUUCUGAAUUCUUCAACUCGCGCUGGCAAUAUCUCGACUUGGCAAGAACUGCCGGGUUGGAAAAGGGUCAGGAGGAAGGUAUCACAGAACUCUGA